GACGCGUCGGUGGCGCGUAUAGUGAGAUCUGAGAUCCUCUACUUACAUUGACUGGCCGCUCGACGCCCCGCCAGUGAGCGGCCUCGACCACGACCACGACCACGACCCAGUCUUCAUUGCCUGCAAACAACCUGAGGCCACCAACACUCUUGCUGUUGUAUUGGAAGCGUAAGGAGAUACAAGAGACCGCACAGUCUUCGGCGCGCCGUAAAACUACAAAGGCUACAGGCGCGCUAUGCAGACCGCGCAGAACUCAGGUGGCGCUUCACAAAUCCCAACAGCCCAGAACAUGCAGAAUACCCAAAACAACGGCACGGGCGUGCCAUUUCCACAGCCAGGGAUCCCCCCAGGUCAGGCCGCAACCGGACCGAACAUUCUAUCUGUGCUCGCAGUCGCUCUCGGCGGUCUGCAUGAUAGCACGGCAGACAGGUUUGGGCACUUGGACGCGGUCGUCCGCGAUCUCGCUUCAACGGUCACGGCGGUGCGCGAUGCCGCGCGCGUGGACUCACUCAAGUUGGCGGAGUGGCUGGACAAGUCGCACGAGCGCCAAAUGAAGGCGACGAUGCUUGUGCUAGAACGGGUGAGGGCGCUGGAGCAGACCGUAGGCGAGGUGAAGAGCCUGCAUGGGGAUGAAACAAUAACGGCAAGAAUGCAGCGAAUCGACUGUGCGUUGACGGAGCUGCUUGAACAAGUCCAGGAUCCAGACGCUGAGUUCGCGGCAUCUAGGCCCCACGCAAGCAUUGAUUUCACGCCACGGCCAGCACGUCACUUCAUGAACAGGAGUGUAAGCCCAAUAGCGCCUGCUCCUGUGUACGUGGAUGCGGGUGUCGACGCGCACACUACGGAGCAUGCGGAUGCGUGCGUCACGGCGUCCGUGCCUUUACCGACGCUUGUGGAUGUCAGCGUUGGCACCGAGCGAAAGGUGGCGGACGUGAAUACGGCUACAAUCUCCCUUGAGGUCGUCGACGUCGGCGUUGUUACGAAUCAAGCCUUGCUCGUUGAUGCCGCCGUCGGUAGCCCGUCACGACAAUACGUCGACUCGGGUAUCGACGCGCCGUCAUCGGAAGACACUGAUCGUAUGCGUACCCCGGCGCGCACGACGCGUUCUCUGCACGUUUUCGGAUCAGAUACGCGAUUUCAUGCGCGCUUCCCAACUUCGCCCUACCACUCAGACCCAAUGGUUCCUGCCCAGUGGUCUCCCGAUUCUCCUCGCUCUGAAUUGAGCUAUCUCAAUCCAGAUGUGGUUGCUCCGGACACCAGCUUGAUUGAUACGUCCUCUCUCACACAACCGAGAAGCGCAGACAAUAUACCCUCCACUUCCUCUUUACCCCUUUCGCCCGAACAUCCCGCGCCCACAGAAGUGUCUCAUCCCCAGCGCUCUAGCUCUACAUCAAGCAUUGGUAUCGUGCAGUCUACGUCCGAAACCACAGCAGUGGACUCUCCCGUGGACAGUGCCAUUGCUCCCACUGCUAUCAAACCUACCUCGGCAACGAAUCUUCUCUCUACUGGGCUGCCACUCCCCAGGGGACUGUCACAUAGGGUAAACCGUACACGGCCAGUAGCGCGACUGAGUACCAGUCCCUCCCCAUCUCCCCCGCCACCUCCCCCGCUCCCCCGGCGGAAGGUGAAAGAGCUACCGCGGACACAACCAAAGGCUUCGUCGUCGAUCCCGACCCAGACUACCGAGCCCGUGCGUGGACGCAAACCCGACCCGCGCGAGUCGUCCAGUCCAGAGAUACAGAUCAUCGAGAAGCCCGCAGCAUUCGAUGAAAAUAGAAACAAGAGCCGCGACCAUGACAAAAGCAAAUCGCAGGCGAAGCAUCAAAAGAAAUCCAAAGCACAAACGCGGGGCCGGUCAACUGACUUGGACGCUGAGCGGCCGCGCAAAAAGCGCAAGACGGACGGUGACAAGGUUGCGGAGACAGUGAAGAGGCCUGUCAAGAAACCCCGCAAGUCGGAAGGAGCUGCAGCGAGCAAGAGUCAGAAGGGCAAGCAGCCCGCCAAGGGAUCUUCGGACAGCUCGCCACAAGCGGGACCAUCGCCGCAGGAGGACGACAGAAUAAUCGCAGAUCACCCGUUGUGCAAAUGGCCGGACACCAUAAGCGGGGACGAGAACUAUCAGAGGGAGUUUAUCAAUUGUGACAACUGCGACGCAUGGUUUCAUUACGGUUGUGUCGGCUUAGCUGCCGAUGACCCGCGCCUGACCGAAGAGGACUCCAAAUUCUUUUGCCCGCCGUGUGAGGUUGCGACCGAAGAGCGGGAGGGUCAACACGCGAGCCAACAAAACAAGACGGCGCAGUGCGCCCGCCCCGACUGCCAAUCUUCCGAAACGGGACAGUGGUUCAUUGAAUGCAUAGUUGGACGCAGGCCUUCGCUGACGCAGCCAAGUAAUAAUGGCGUGCCCAAAUUCCUCUGGCUCGUGAAGUGGUCUGGGUACGAGAUGAAAGACGCUACGUGGGAGUUCCCAGAGAACCUUGGUGACCCCGCGCAGCUCGUAUCCGAGUUCGAGGUUGCGGCCGAAUUGGAGAACAAAGAUCUAAGCGAUCCUCACAAGCCUACCCUCCUGAACGAGGCUGCUAAGUGCUGGAGCUGAUCGCGGGUCGACGCUUGGGGAUGGCUGAAUGGCAAAGCCUAUCGUUGCACAUGGGCUAAGGGCGUUCUUAUUCUGUUUUCUUGAUAGACAUCGCGUUGUGAAUCUGGAUAUGCUGCUCAUGUGUCUCAUGCUGAUCUUUGCUUUGCUAUCGCAUAGGAUAUGAUUUGAUAUGGUCUCGAAUCUUGCUGUGUCACCCGAAAACUAAUAGCAUGAAUAAUUGUGCCACUGC